CUCGCCGCCAUCACCGCUUUUACCUGCCCGCUCUUUCCCCCGACUUUCCCCUUUCUUCAUUUCCGUCAAAAUUAUAUCGAUUUCCGUCAAAAUUAUAUCGAGAAAGAUUGAGAAGAGGAGGCAUACAUCCUUUCUUCAAUUUGGUGCAGAGGCGCCUCCUGCUUUCCAACCUCGGGGGUUGUCAAAGUAAAGACUGAGAUUUCGACAGAUAUAAAUCGAAAUCGAAAGGAACGCGGUAUCAGCGCUCAGCGUCAGCUUCGAAGUUUAUUAAUUGUUGUACAGCUACACUGAGGCUUGUCCUUAAUCUACCAUGGACAUUACUCAGUGCCAUCGAACAUGGCUAUCCACAUACUAUGUCAAGUUACGCAUUUUUGUAGGUCGUAUUCUCUACGACCAACCACGAUACAAAGGCACGCGUUACGGAUCGAGGGUCGUUCAAAUAGGACCAAAGUCCCUUCUCAAGCGAACAUCCAUUGUUGAAGCAAAGACCAUGGCCUUGGUUUCUCGCUUGACCUCGCUCCCAAUUCCUCACUUGCGUCACGUUUGGGUCGAUCAUAACGUUCAGCAGGACGGUCGACAAAUGUGCUGGGUCGUCAUGGAGUACAUGCCGGGUCGCACUUGGGACCAAGCCUGGCCAGAUCUUAGUUCGAAAGAGAGGGACAAGAUACAAGGACAGAUGCGCAACUAUAUCAAUCAACUGAGGGAAAUUCGGCCAGAUGGAUUACCUGAUGGAUAUGUCGGUCCUGUAGGAAAUCAUCACUGCUGGGACUAUAAACUCGAUACCUCCCAGGCAUACGGACCUUUCCCUAGCUUGCAGUCUUUUUACGACCAUCUACUAUCAACUGCUAAGAAACUCAACGAAUCUAUUGCAUCUCGUAUUCAUUCGGACCUGUUAAACGCAGCACUCUCCCAUUCUCCUUCCUCGCAAUCCAUUUUCACGCACUCCGAUCUUGUGCCCCGUAACAUCCUCAUUCACAACGGCGAAAUCAGCGCUAUACUAGACUGGGAACAAUCAGGGUGGUGGCCUUAUUGGUGGGAACAUUCCAAGUCACUUUAUGCUCUCGGCCCCUUAACCGAAGAAGAUCGAAAGCUGUGGUCGUCAUUCGUCGCCGAAACAAUUCCACUGUACAACUUAGAGCUUGACCUCGAUAUUGGUAUAUAUGAAAUAGUUGGACCGCAGCUAUGAAUGUCGACGCCUUGAAACAGCAUUGCGUGUACAUGCACCUACUACCUGAAUUAGUCUUGAACUUGAGGCCUCAAACUGUAGAGGUUGAGCUUUCUCAUUUCCGUUUUUCAGCCUACUGUCUAUUGUCCUCCUUUUUGUGUAUCGUACUGCUAGAAGAGACCUCUACUCGGUAUCACUUAGCUCCUCUAUUCGUCUCGGACGCCAUCAUGAUGAUUAAUAGUACACCCAAACCGGUUUGAUUUGUUAUGAAGCAAACCUCUACCGACAGCCUCCCAGUAGAU